AUGCAGCUUGUCGGCCCGCUGCCGCGUGGCAUCUUCAGUGCGGCUGCGUUCGAUGGGCGCACUGCGGCGGGUGACGGCGCCGUGCGGGCGACUGAUGCCCCGGUUGCCGAAGACGACUGUGCUCGGGAAGGCGCGAAACUGUGGGGUGCGGGGAAUCCGUUUCGGAGGGCUGUGAGGAUUGAGCGGGAGUGUGGCGCACACGGUGCGGAGGCCGUGCGCUACACAAAUGUGUGUUGCCUCUUUGAUCUUCGAAUGGGGACACGUUUGUUUGAGUGGUUCUGGGCCCCAGCGAGUGCCUCUCGCGGUUACGGCGUGCCGCUCGCCUUCCUGAAAAGCUCCAGAAGCCGCGUGCCCCGGACCCACACGCACACACGCUGGGGGAGGAGGGCCUUUUGCGGGUGCGGCAGAAAAAAGAGGGAGGGGCUCGCGGGGCUGCGGCCGCCAACGGGACGGCAGGCAAAGCGCUGCGUGUUGCGGGCGGGCCUGGCGUCGCGUCCCGGGGAGGGGCUUGGAGAUGUGGGCGCCGCAGGAGCCUUCAGGCUGAGAGGGUGGACGGACGCAACGUGCGGGGAGUUGCGCGGGAGCGGCGGCCGAAGACGCUCUGCUCUUGGGCGCCUCCUUUUUUUAUCGUUUUUUGGGUUCCCGGCGGGGGAGGAAUUUGUUUGGCUGCGGUUUGCAGCGGCGGAUGCGCAGCACAACACUACUGCCAGCGCGGCGAGGCAGCGGCCCAGCGAGUGA